UCCUCCUUCUCUUCACUGACAUUCCCUCCGCCGCUUUAACCAGCAGAAACCCAAAUUAUGGGCAAGGACGUUGAGGCAGCCGAGCAAGGCCAAUUCCAAGCCAAGGACUACCAAGACCCACCUCCGGCUCCUUUCAUCGACCCAGACGAGCUCACCAAAUGGUCCCUUUACAGAGCCGCCAUCGCCGAGUUCAUCGCCACUCUCCUCUUCCUCUACGUCACCGUUUUGACUGUCAUCGGCUACUCCCACCAAAGUGACUCUAAUGUCUCCAAAGACCCCUGUAACGGCGUCGGAAUCCUCGGCAUCGCCUGGGCCUUCGGCGGCAUGAUCUUUAUCCUCGUCUACUGCACCGCCGGUAUCUCCGGUGGCCACAUAAACCCAGCAGUGACCUUUGGGCUGUUCUUGGCAAGGAAGGUGUCGUUGGUUAGGGCGGUGUUGUACAUGGUAGCUCAGUGUGCGGGUGCUAUCUGUGGCUGUGGGUUGGUUAAGGCUUUCCAGUCGGCGUACUACGUGAGGUAUAAUGGCGGCGCCAACAUGCUCAGUGAUGGGUACAACAAAGGCACUGGCUUGGGAGCUGAAAUCAUCGGUACCUUUGUUCUUGUCUACACCGUCUUCUCCGCCACGGAUCCCAAAAGAAGCGCCAGAGAUUCCCAUGUUCCGGUUUUGGCGCCACUCCCAAUUGGAUUUGCAGUGUUCAUGGUUCACUUAGCCACAAUCCCCAUCACCGGAACUGGAAUUAACCCUGCAAGAAGCUUCGGAGCUGCUGUCAUCUUCAACCACGAAAAAGCCUGGGAUGAUCAAUGGAUUUUCUGGGUUGGUCCAUUCAUUGGAGCUGCAAUUGCUGCAAUUUACCACCAGUAUGUACUCAGAGCUGGCGCCAUUAAAGCUCUUGGAUCCUUCAGGAGCAACGCUUAAGAAAGCUUUUUUCCUCCAAAAAAAAAAAAAAACAUCAAAUUGGUUCAUGAUUGUGUCUUAUUUUGUUAUGUCCUGUUUUUUUUACGAAUAGAGUUGGUUUUAAUGGUGAAAUUAGAACACUCCAUUGUUGCUUGCUCUGUUUCUUCACCAGUCUCCUCCGCCGCCGCCGUGAAAUUGAGCUGAACAAAAACAUCAAUCAUUGGCCCUGGAAAUUGUACAUAUUUUUCAUGUCUGUUGUCGCCGUAAUUUUCUCGUGUUUCAUCCUUAUCCCUUUCCCCUUCUUUGUUUUAUUAAUAAAAGAAUCUCCUUUAUGUUCUUAA